AUGGAGUCGCGAAUGGAUCAGUAUGAGAUCAUGGAGCAAAUCGGUCGUGGUGCUUUCGGUGCUGCCAUUCUUGUUCAUCAUAAAUCCGAGAAGAAGAAGUAUGUGUUGAAGAAGAUCAGGCUUGCGAGACAAACUGAGAGAUGCCGGAGAUCUGCUCAUCAAGAAAUGGCGCUGAUUGCGCGAAUUCAGCAUCCGUACAUUGUAGAAUUUAAAGAAGCAUGGGUUGAGAAGGGUUGCUAUGUUUGUAUUGUUACUGGAUACUGUGAAGGUGGAGACAUGGCUGAAUUGAUGAAAAAAUCGAAUGGUGUGUAUUUUCCUGAAGAGAAACUCUGCAAGUGGUUCACUCAACUGCUGUUAGCAGUGGAAUAUCUGCAUGGCAAUUAUGUUUUACAUCGGGAUCUGAAAUGUUCCAACAUCUUUCUUACCAAAGAACAGGAUGUUCGUCUUGGGGAUUUUGGACUUGCUAAGACCCUGAAAGCAGAUGACCUGGCUUCGUCGGUGGUUGGAACUCCUAAUUACAUGUGUCCUGAACUGCUUGCAGAUAUUCCUUAUGGUUUCAAAUCAGAUAUUUGGUCCUUGGGGUGCUGUAUGUAUGAGAUGGCUGCUCAUCGUCCCGCUUUUAAAGCCUUCGAUAUGGCAGGAUUGAUAAGCAAGAUAAAUCGUUCUUCUAUUGGCCCGUUGCCUUCCUGCUAUUCUCCAUCUUUGAAAUUGGAUAGCUUUGCUGUUUUUGUUUUGUUUCUGUCCAUUGUCCUGUAUGUUGAUGACGAUCCACCUUUGAGUCACUGCUUAGCUUUGGUAUUAAAUGUGUUUAACUGCAGGAAGACACUCAUUAAAGGCAUGCUGAGAAAGAAUCCUGAGCAUCGUCCAAACGCAUCCGAGAUUUUGAAGCACCCAUAUUUGCAGCCUUAUGUUGAUCAAUACCGUCCAUCCUUCAGUCCUCCAACAUCAUGCUUUCCUGAGAAACCUAUUCCUAGAAGUCGUGAAUCUAGAAGAAAUAUGGCUGAAAGCCAGAACAGUAAUAGUUCUAGUAGUGAUAAAGAUAGUUUGCUUUCAAGUGAUCGAAAUAUCCCAGCAAUGAUCUCAAAUUGUGAAAAUAAAGCCACGGAUACACAUUUAGCUUCUGUUGAUGAUGAAGAUGGGACUGAACAGCUCAUGCCAUGCGAAGAAGAAAAGAGCCCCAAUGUUUGUGUUGUCAAAAUGGAUGAACAGAAGGUGAUGAAACCCUGUCAUGACGAACAUGGAUGCAAUGUGGAACCAAAGCAACCGAAAACUAUCAAAAGUAUUAUGAUGGCUUUAAAAGAAGGAAAACCUAGAGAAAAUGGUUCCCCUAUGAGAGGAAAUCGUACCAAAACCGGAAGAAGUAACAUAGAAGCAUCUCCUAAAGUUCUUAAACCUAAUGCCCUUGCUUCUGGUUUAAAGUCUAAUGCAGAUACACCAACUGUAGCACCAGUAAAAGCAGCCAUGGAUUCUGCAAAGCGGAUCCAGGGAUCACAUCCCUUGAAACACCAGUUACCUAUAAUUGAGUCCUCACCGAAGACUAAACCCAGACAUGAUGGGAUUCCUCCACCUGGUCCAAUUAAACAUGUUGAUGAUGGACUUGCCAUGAAGCCAAGGCAAAGAACUCCUCCUAAUCUAUUUAGGCGAUCUUCAUUUCCUGGAAGGACAAGACAGACAGGAGCUGAUGUUCCAAAUGGAAAUGUGAAGUUGAUUCCAACUGAGGGAAACCAAGAACCUGAAAAUAGUUCUUAUCAAGUGCCUGAUGGUCACCCAUAUUUUUCUAAGGAGGUAUCGCAGGAGUCUCAAAAAGCUUUAGUUGGAGCUUGCAAAGGAAUGCAGACAGAAAGCAGUAAUUCUGUCUCAUCUUCAGUGUCAAUUCAAGCUUUUGAGAUUUGUGAUGAUGCAACAACUCCAUUUGUUCCCAUGCCUGAACAGGCUCUUCCUAAUCAUGAGGUAGUGAUCUGCAUGGAAAACUUGGAACAAUGUCCACGCAGCUGCUCUCCUGCUAGCACUUCGCAAUCUGGCAUGUCUGAAAAUUUGUCUGGGGAAAACAGUGAACGUGGUCAUAAAUCUGUACAAUGCUCAGUGGAAACGAUGGAUGUUGUCGUAGAUCUUCACAAGAAGACCACUGUUGGUGAUGGGAGAGAGGGUGAAAGUAGUGCUCUGAAUCUGACCGCCCCAAGUUCUGAAGAAAUAUUUAUUUGUAAAGAUAAUACCCAAUUGAGCAGGCCAUGUACUGGGCCUGAUAUUGUGCCCCAUUCAAAUCUUAUAUCUGCAUCUGGUGAUGAUGACAAGUUCACAGUAAGAGAACUUUUAUCAUCAUUUUCAGAAACCACUCCUUCCAUUACCUCACCAAUGUCAACUAGCCAAAAAAAUUUGCCAUCAGAGAAAGCUACCAUUUUACAAAAUUCAGCUGUUGAUAAGCCCACUGCUGCCCAUCUGUCUCCUGCUUUUGAUGAUGUAAUACAUGUUAUACGGCACAGUAGUUUUCGUGUUGGGAGUGAGCAGCCAGUUAUGGAAACUGUGGAGAUGGGGGUUCAAAAUGUGGAUGUUGGAAAGCUAUUAAAUGUAGUAAAAGAUGAAUUGGAGAUGAGAAAUGUGAGUACAGGGAUGACUCUUAAAUCAUCAAAUUGCUCUGAAGCUGUGAGUUUGAAAUCAAGUCUUCCAGAUCAUUCUGGCAUUAAAGAAAUGGAUGUGAGAAACGUCAGCCCAUCAGUCCCACAAUCUGAUAUUUCUGAGCUACCAAAAUCCAACUCCUCCAGUACUGAAGAGGAAGCACCGGUAAAGGAAAUUUUGGAUGUUAAAUCUUUUAGGCAGAGGGCAGAGGCACUUGAAGGACUUCUAGAAUUAUCUGCUGAGUUGCUUCAGCAAAGCAGAUUAGAAGAGCUUGCAGUUGUUUUAAAACCAUUCGGGAAAGAUAAAGUUUCUCCAAGGGAGACAGCUAUCUGGUUAGCUAAGAGUCUUAAAGGAAUGAUGAUUGAGGACAGUGGACGGAGUUCAUGA